GCCCUUUGUGAAGUUCGUUGGCGUGAGAUUCACCACUCGAUUAAACGCCAGCAUCAUGCAGUGAUAAGGACCCCACCAGUAUUGGAGAAAUCUACUUCGCUUGCGUUCUGGCUCAGACUUCUGCGAAAUAUGGUGAAGGUAGCGCGAAACAAGAGGCCGAAAUCACUCUCGCAUGGCAGACCUCCGACGAUACAGAAACCAAUCGCAUCCCUAUCGGCAAGGGCAACGCGAACCUUGAUUCGAUCACACCACCAGCUCCACAAAAAGCGUGCCCGAGCACUCGCAGAUGGCAACGAGCAAGAGGUCCAUGAACUUGACAAGAAGAUUGAGGCUCUUGGCGGACUCAAGAGUUAUCAACUGGCCAGCAAAACGGGGCAAUCAAAAGACCGCGGCGGCGAUUCCAGCAAGGUUCUCAUUGAAUGGCUCAAACCGGCGUUGGAUGGGCUGACAAAUUGCGAAACCCGGCUUCGUCUACUUGAAGUCGGUGCAUUGUCUGCUAGGAAUGCUUGCUCGGCCGUCAGUUGCAUAGACGUUGUCAGGAUUGAUCUUCACUCACAGGAACCUGGUAUUUUGGAACAGGAUUUCAUGGAAAGGCCCAUUCCUUCGACAGAUGCCGAUAAGUUCCAUAUUAUCAGCCUUUCGCUCGUUUUAAAUUAUGUUCCCGAUGCUACUACCAGAGGUGACAUGCUCCGACAUACCAGCGCCUUCUUAACGUCGACAUUGCCGACAUCCAACGGAUCCUUACGAAAAUUAGCACCGUGUUUGUUUCUCGUCCUUCCAGCGGCAUGCGUGCUGAAUUCUCGAUACUUCACGGAGGAGAGAUUACAGGAUAUGAUGUCGAGUCUAGGGUUCUCGAUUAUCAGGAGAAAGCUCACGCAGAAACUUAUAUAUCAGCUCUGGAAAUACAACCGCCCGGCCAACCCCAAAUCCGGUGGUUUCGAGAAGAAAAUGGUGAAUCCUGGGGCAAAGAGGAAUAAUUUCACGGUUAUUCUAACGCCUGCCGAAUGAUUGCAUAUCAGUUAGCU